GUGCGAGUGUACACAAAGGCUGUCUUUGUCGAAGCCUGGCGAGAAAAUAAAUUUCGAGUAGAGUUCGUACACGAGGACUUUCAGACGCCGUGACCUCAUCGAUCGCCACCUCCGGAUCGGAGCUUUUCGUUCUCUGAACAUUGCGAGACCUUGAUUUGUGCCGCAGCGCGGGCAGCAUAGAAUCCGAAAUAAUCUUUGAUAGAUGUCUCUAGCAAUACAUCCCAUCCUCGAUAUGCGUCUCAUGGUAUAUGAUGCCGCCCUUCCUCCCACGCAAACGACUCCGUUCACCCUCACCUCCAGCCUCAAGCCGACGAAAGCGAAUAGAGGCUUCACGCAAAACAAAUACGGAUGUUUUUACUGCUCUAGACAGCAACUUCGGGAAUAAAACAUCUGCAACUGAGAAUAGAGCCUUUCUGGAAGCACUGUCGGACGAACAGUCAUCCUUGAGCGAUGAUUCCAGCGGAGAUGAGUUUGAAGACGUACUUCCCACUUCAACGGCAAAGCACAAGUCAAGAGGCGAGAAGGCAGCCUCUGUUGACUCAGACGACGACCUUGAGUUUGAAGACGUUGGAGGAGAUGGAAAAGUCGAAGCAGAGCUUCCUAUCCCUGAGAUUGCAGAUAACUUACAAAUUACCGUUCGAGGACCGGGCGAUGUUCAGCCGACACGACUCACGCUGAAGCAUGGUGGCAAGGCAACAAUUACGAAGAAAAUGAGGGAAGCGAGGUGGAUGACACAUUGUAUGCACGUACAAUUCCUGUUGUAUCACAACACGAUAAGAAACUCUUGGAUCAAUAAUGCGGAACUUCAGCUCGUCCUCCUCAACAGCCUUCCUGAAGCUAUAAAGGGAGAAGUCUCGAGAUGGAGGCUUGCAAUGGGAUAUGAAGCCCCGGAAAAGAAGAGCAAGGGAAAGAAACCGAAAACGGGAAAGGAGGCGCAAAAGUCGGGCAGAGAACAGACACGCGAUUGGGGAGUUUACGCCGAAAAGUCGGAGGAUAGUGCGCGAAGCGAUCCACUUAUUCGUCUUCUCAAGUAUCUGGCUGCGUACUGGAAGAAGCGCUUCAGAGUCACGGCGCCGUCGCUUCGCAAAUUGGGCUAUCGCAGUCUGUGGGAGUUGAGGCAGGAAAUUGACUCUUUCAAUGACGGACCACACGACCCAUGCAGGCACGGCGAACGUAUUGCCGACCUCGAUGAAUUCAAAGAGUGCGCAAAGAAGUGUCAAGGUAGCAGGGACGUUGGUGCGCAGCUAUUCACAGCACUCUUGAGAGGCUUGGGAAUCGAAGCGAGACUUGUUGCAAGUUUGCAGCCGACUGGCUUUGGAUGGUCUAAAGUUGAGGAAGCGAACCCGCGCAAAGAAACGCCGACGAGAAUGACCUCAGAUAACCGGGCGACUGAGUCGGAUGUCUCGUCAAGCAGGAUAGAUAAAGGUCCCAAAGUACAGAGAAGUAAAGCAAGUAAAGGGGCCAAGUCGCGACCAAUAAGGCUCGAUGCCGACGAAAGCAGCAGUAGCGAUGCUUCGUUAACAGAUUCUGAAGACAUUCCUACACCGAAGAAUCUCUCGAAAACACAGAUAUCAUCGAAACAAUUUGAUCGCGACUUACUUUAUCCUACUUACUGGACUGAAGUCCUCUCUCCAAUCUCUAACACAUACGUUCCUGUGUCUACCCUCCUCAACCCUCACGUGGUAACAUCUCCGGAUCAUCUCACCAACUUCGAGCCCCGUGGAGCCGCAGCAGAGAAGUCUAAGCAAGUUAUUUGCUAUGUCAUAGCAUUCUCUUCGGAUGGCACAGCAAAAGACGUCACAGUUCGCUAUCUCCGAAAGAGGCAGUGGCCUGGUCGGACAAAAGGCUUUCGUAUCUCGGUCGAGAAACUGCCUGUGUACAAUCAAAAUGGAAAAAUCGCUUUUUAUGAAGAGUAUGACUGGUUCGAGCGAGUGAUGCGAGGCUAUACUCGUCCCGUUUCCAAGAGAACUCUUGCGGACGACAUAGAGGAUGGGACAGAUCUUGUUCCUGUUAAGCCUGAUCUUGAUGGGAAGAAAAACGCAGCCCCUGACACAUUACAGGCCUAUAAACAAUCCAAGGAGUUCGUGCUCGAGCGCCAUCUUAGGCGCGAAGAAGCUCUUCGGCCGGGCGCAAAGCCCGUCAAGCACUUUCACCAUGGGAAGGGCGACAAUGCAGUUUCCGAACCAGUCUAUAAGCGAUCUGACUUAGUGUUGACAAAGACUGCGGAGACAUGGCAUAAAGAAGGCCGGCAAAUCAAAGUAGGGGAGCAGCCAUUGAAGCAAGUGCCUUAUCGUGCCGUAACUCUGCAGCGUAAGCGCGAGCUUGAAGAUCAAGCCAGAGACAAUGGAGAGAAACCUUUACAAGGCCUUUACGCAGAGUAUCAAACCGAGUGGAUUGUGCCAGAUCCGAUUGGUCCCGAUGGCGUGAUACCAAAGAACGGAUUUGGCAACAUCGACGUUUACGUACCAUCUAUGGUGCCUAAGGGCGCGGUGCACAUCCCGAUCCGGGGCAUCGCAAAGGUUUGCAAGAAAUUGGGUGUUGAGUUUGCCGAUGCGUGUACAGGAUUCGAGUUUGGAAAGCAAAGAGCUGUGCCUGUGAUUACGGGAGUCGUUGUCGCAGAAGGUAGUGCUGAAUUGGUUAUUGAUGCUUGGAGACAAGAGGAAAAGAUCAGGGUAGAAAAAGAAAAUAAGAAAAGAGAGGAAAUCGUUUUGCGUAUUUGGAGGAAAUUCUAUCGUGGACUUAAAAUUCGGGAAAGGAUGAGGCAGGAGUAUGGUGUCACAGACAACGAAGAUGAAUAUGAUGAUAGAACGUGGUCGGGACACGGACAUGCUCUAACUCAAAGAGAGGCAAAUACUAUAAAUGACGACGAAGACGUUGAAGGAGGUGGAUUCCUACGCAACAGUAAUGUUCUCAAUAGCGGUCAACUUUCCCCUAAUCAUACUGGCGGCGGCUUCUUGGUAGAUUCAGAGGCCGAAGCAGAGCCGGGUGGCUUCGAGAUCGUUGGAGACUCACCAGACGUAACAGGGAAACGACGUGCUUCCAGGUUAAACAAUAGCGAGGAUAUAGAUAGGCUUGGUCAGGUGUCUGCACCGAUGUCUCUACAGGCUUUUCACGCUGAUACAACAUCUGGAGUCAAUAAGGAAAAAACAAUGGUCGAUCGUCAUGGGCCUGCAUCAGCAAGUGAGGAGGAUGAAGAAUGGGAUACUUUGGCUACGAAAUCAGCUACAAAACGCACAUCAAAGCGUACCUCAAGUAGAACUCAGAAAAGAACUCCCGUAAGUAAGGAUUCGGGGAGUACGAGCUCGGCAAGAUACCCUUCGCGGACUGAUAGUCCGUAUUUUUAACCCUAGACCGUAAAUGCUCAUUUCUGG